AUGCGAAUCCUUCUGCCAGCGCUUCUUGCUCUCGCAAGUUGCGGGAUUUCCCAAGGUCGUCAACAACCCCAUGGGAAACGCAACCACGCGAAACCAUUGCCAGAGUUCACUCCAGUGCCCCAAUUGCCAAAGAACUCGUCUUCGGCCCUGCCGCCCCUCUACCAGCCCUAUUCAAAGAACAAACCUAAGUUCGAAAACGAGGCCCUUAUCCGGCAAUUGUCUCAGCAUCCAGGGCUAAGACUUGACCAUCUUGACUCUGGCCCUGGCUCUAUGCGCAAAAGAGACCUUCCCGUAGGCACUUGCGCACCUGGAGUACCUUGCACAAAUGGAGCAUGUUGUUCAAACACUGGCGUUUGUUCCUACGCCCCCUCGAGUUGCGGGGCUGACGUCUGCAUUUCCAACUGCGACGCGAAAGCUCCUUGUGGGGAAUACGCCAACCCCGAUAACGCAACGUGCCCGCUGAACGUGUGUUGUUCGCAAUAUGGAUUUUGCGGCAGCACUGAUGACUUCUGUGGCACUGGUUGUCAGGAGGGGUUUGGCGGCUGUGGAGCAGCUCCGACUCCUUCUUGCUCUAGUGGUAGCAACUCUGCGGCUGCGCGGCGCAUCGGGUACUACGAGAGCUGGGCGACCGAGCGGCCAUGUGAUGUUUUUACACCUGAAGACCUCGAGCUGACGGGUCUGACGCACAUCAAUUUUGCUUUCUCAUACUUCGACCCAUCUACUUUCCAGAUCUCGCCGAUGGACGGAAAUGCGGCCACACUUUAUUCGCGCUUCACGGCGCUUAAGGCAAAACAGCCAGGACUGCAGACGUGGCUAUCAGUUGGCGGCUGGUCUUUCAAUGAUGCAACGAAUACGCCAGACACACAGAAUGCUUUCAGUAACAUGAUCAGCUCCUCGGCAAAUCGCCAAGCCUUCAUCACUUCCCUGCGCAAUUUCAUGCAGACAUACGGCUUUGACGGCGUGGACAUUGACUGGGAAUACCCUGCUGCCGACGAUCGAGGCGGUGUCCCAGCCGAUUUCUCCAAUUUCCCAACCUUCCUGGCUGAAUUGAGGGCCUCGUUCGGUAGCGGAUUGGGAAUCAGUACUACACUUCCAUCUUCAUACUGGUAUCUUCAGCAUUUUGACGUUCUGGACAUGGAGCCUAGCGUCGACUGGUUCAACUUCAUGAGCUACGACAUCCAUGGCGUCUGGGACUCGAGCAACAAGUUCACGGGGCCUUACCUCCGCCCGCACACCAAUCUCACUGAAAUCAACGACGGCUUGUCCCUGCUGUGGAGGGCCGGAGUUAACCCAUCCAAGGUUGUGCUUGGGCUGGGCUGGUAUGGGCGCUCCUUUACGCUCGCUGAUCCGUCUUGUACCACGCCUAACGGCGUAUGUCAGUUCACCACCGGCGGUACUGCGGGAGAGUGCACACGGUCAUCCGGGACGCUUUCCAACGCCGAGAUCAAACGUCUUCUAGCGGCCGGAACGGGAACCGAAUCAUAUGAUGCCACUGCAGGAGUCCGCUGGCUCACCUUUGAUACGAACCAGUGGGUAAGCUUCGACGAUGGAGCGACAAUGCAGCAGAAGCUGGCCUUCGCUAAUAGCCUGUGCCUUGGGGGUAUCAUGAUUUGGUCGAUCGAUCAGGACAACACAGCUGGCGACAGUAUGAACGACUUGAUGGGCAUCGGUACAGCAAAUGGGGUGUCAGAGGCAGCUGCCGCUUCAUUCAAGGAGCAGAUGGCUAAUGCUACGCUGCAGAACGCUGUUGUAUCGAGCUGCUACUGGUCACUAUGCGGAGGGGCCUGUACGACCGGGUAUUUUGAUGUAACUGAUGCCCGCGGCCAGAUUGCCGGCUUCCAGCAGAACUCCGUAUGCCCUCCAGGCGAAGCCCAGACACUAUGUUGCGCCCCAGGAACCUCGAUGGGCACCUGUCAAUGGGAGGGUUUCAGGGGCGUGGGAAUGCCUUGCUCACCGGCAUGCUCUGACCCCAAGGCCACCAUUGUCGCCCGUAAUACCAACUCGUACGAGAUGAACGAUGGAGGUCAGCUUGAAGAUCUGACUUGUACUGGUGGCUUCCAAGCAUAUUGCUGCACGGAAUUUGUCCCUUCGUCGAUCACCAAUUCAGGCAACCUCUUGCUCUAUGGCCAGACUCCUGUGCUCAGCAAGCGAGACGGUUCUAAUCAUGGCCUCAGUCUCUAUGUAGGCGACCACGCGGUUGAAAAGCGUUCUUUACCCUUGCUAGUCUCCGGGUUGGGCGCUCUCUGCCUCGCUGACUUGCUCCCAUCGAUCCUUUCAGCACCGUUGACUUUUGGCCUAUCUCUUGCCGCGGAGGGGGCAAUAUGCGCUGCUACGGCCGCUGCCGUCGUCGCUACUGCGGCCAUCAUCGGCUUUUCAAUUCUUUACAACCUGGUUGGGUGGAUUUUCGGCGGAUCCCCAUCUAAACCCAACGUUGGCGUCCCAACAACAGUAGCGGGCCGGUCUUCGUAUGGCCAGUGGCCGAUUCUCGACUUUAGCGGCGGCACCACGACGAGUACCUGCGAUUGUGUGGUCACAUAUACGUGCCGCUAUGGCAUGGGUUGGGAUGAGAUUUGUGAUAACCAAAGGUGGGGGAUCGACAAGCUGCUCAACGGAAAGACUGUCUAUCAGCCAUUGCCAACGAGCCGCGCUGCCGGUGCUAACCAAGGACUAUGGAAAGGCCAGCGCAUAGAGGCAUACCGAACCGCGGCCCAAUUAAAGCUCCCAGGCAAAACGUGGCGAUGUCAAGUUGAUGAGUUUCCUAUGGGCAACCUCGCGGAAUCAGGAAAUAACGCCCCGCAGGCUUGCCGUCUAGUCAACGGCCCUGCGAAUGCAAAACAGGGAAAUGAUUACAAGAUGUGGAAGUCGGCGCAGUGGAAACCUUGCUCGACAUACCGCUCUGCCGUGUGCAACAGUAGGGACAGUGGGCCGCCUGCAACCUGGGCGUUUGGGGUGCUACCCGCGGGUCGCGGUAGUGGCAGUGGAAAACACUUCAUAGAUGCUUAUGGUUUCGACGAGCAAACGGCCGGCUCGCUUUGCUGGGCUACAUACACUUACACCGAGCAGCCUGGAACUAUCAGCACCUCCACGCCUGUCGACCAUGGCUUCCGCGUUCUUGAUGAUGAUCCCAUGUACGGUAACGCCUAUGGGUGGCCUCGACAGUCCUGGCGCAUCGAUCCAGCUCCAUUAGCGAACAUGGCAGACCGGCCGUAUGACUCCCAACCGACAAUAUUCCAAAGAGGCCUUCUCGCCAACGACACAUGGCCCGAGGAGCAUAGCGACCCCGCUGGCGUCUGCCACGCUGACCUCAGAUCACUUGGCGAUGACAAACAGGAUGCUUAUCUCGACCUUGAUUAUGAUAAUCUCCUCUUUGUCGAUCUGGAUGGCAAACCUGUCGACGGUCGGACAUGCAAUAUCAUCUACGAGGAUGACGACCCGCACUCCGAAGUGCGUAUCGUACUUGAUGAGAAUGGUAAGGUCGUGGAAAUAUAUAUGGGCGACCCAGAUGCUGGCUUGUGGACUAGGGAGGCGCUUAAAAGUUCCAAUUCGGACAAGGUGACUGUUGAUCCCACCACCGUCACUGUCAUGACGGGUGUCCCGGCGGGCAGCGAGUCCCGACCCACAUUCCCUGCGAGUACGACUGGGCUCCAGACAAGAUCGGGAACCGUAGUGACACCCGCGCCGUAUGUGUACGGUCUUUGA